UAUGAGCUGCGAAAUGAGUUAUUAUCCGACGAGCUCUUCUCCCCGGAACAAAGGGCCAGCUCCGUUUCUGUCCAAGACUUAUGCUUUGUUAGAGGAAGAAGGUGGUGGCGGCGGCGGCAAGAAAAUAGUGUCGUGGAACGAUGAAGGGACGGGGUUCGUGGUGUGGUCGCCGGUGGAGUUUUCGGAGCUGACUUUGCCUAGAUAUUUCAAGCACAAUAAUUUUUCUAGCUUUAUUCGCCAACUUAAUACAUACGGGUUUAAGAAAACAUCAUCAAGGAGGUGGGAAUUCAAGCACGAUAAGUUUCAGAGAGGCCAUAAGCAAAUGCUACUGGAGAUAACACGAAAGAGGAGCGAGCCAAGCGUGUUCCCUGCUUUCUUGAAGGCUUCCUCUUCGUCCGAAGAAGACCAUCAUCACAUCAUCAAUGGCAUGGACGAUGAAACGAGUGUUCAUCGUCGGACACUAAUGGAGGAGAACCUGCACCUGAGGAGAGAGAAGGUGGAGUUGCAGACUCAAAUUGCGCAAUUCAAAGCUCUGCAAAUUAAGCUGUUGGACUGCCUUGAUCAGCACAACAACAAUCACCAUGAAACUACCACUGCUACGUGA